CAUGCUGGGGAUUCUCUGCCUCCUCAUCGCCGCGCUUUCUCGUGGCGACGCGGCCCAGGUGCUGACCCUGACACCAGCGGUUCUUACCGUUCUUGUAGGACAAGAGGUGGUUCUCAAUUGCAACCUUCAGAGGGAUGAUGGGACUAGUGUCCGCUUUUAUAGGCAGUUUCCUGGAGAUGCUCCUCAGUUUAUUCUGAGUCAUCACCAUGGAACAUCUUCAACUAGCUUUGGAGAUGGAUUCUCCUCUAGUCAGUUCAAUGUCAAAACGUCCUCCAGUCUGGAUUUCCAAUUUAUCAUUAAACAGGCAAAGGCAGAAGAUUCUGCUGAGUAUUAUUGUAAGACGUGGGAUAGCUCUGCUCGUGAAACAGUAUUCAGCGGAGGAACAAAGCUGCUUGUGACAAGCUCAGACGUGACUCCCCCCGUGGUGACUGUCUUCCCCCCGUCCAAUGAUGAGCUCCAGUCCAAAGAGGCCACUCUAGUCUGCGUGGCCACUCAGUCCAUCCCGUACGCUGACGUCACUUGGCUGGCUCGGGGCCGUCCGGCGACGGGCACCGUCGCCACCGGUCCUGCCACGCGAGAAACGAACAGCAACUACAAAAUCAGCAGCUAUCUCACCGUGCAGACGUCCGAAUGGAACUCGGACGUCCCUUACACUUGUAAGGUGUCUCUGGGCUCCCAGUCUGCUGAAAACACCAUCAACAAGUCCAAGUGUGCAACUUAGCAACACGUCAACAAUGAUGUGUAUGCAUGCUUGUUUUUUUACGCAUUCUGGUUUGAUCUUACUAAAACGAACCAACAUUCUUCAAUAAAAAAAUAAAUAAAUAUCAGCAGUUUUUUCUUGCAUGACUUCACAAACAUGCAAAAUGAAGCCCUAUUAUUUUGUCCAAAAUACUGUUUUGUGAAUUUUCUGAACACACCACAUUAAAAAUGAUGAA